AUGGCGGCCGUGGCGGCGGGUGGCCUGCUGGGGAAAGGGCGCGACAUCAGUCUAGCGGCCCUGCAGCGCCACGACCCCUAUAUCACCUGCAUCGUGGACGUGGCCAGCCAGGUGGCCCUGUACACUUUCGGCCAUCGGGCCAACGAGUGGGAGAAGACUGAUGUCGAAGGAACCUUAUUUGUUUACACAAGGUCAGCUUCUCCAAAGUAUGGAUUCACCAUUAUGAAUAGGCUGAGCAUGGAAAACAGAACAGAACCCAUUACUAAAGACCUGGACUUCCAACUCCAGGACCCUUUCCUUCUCUACAGAAAUGCCAGAUGUGAGUCUCUUCCUAUGUUGAGUACUUUUAUUUCUGAAGUUUGGCCAAGUGUUUCAAAUUGUGCAGUGUCUGUCUUUGUGUUUUCGUUUCCUAUCAGUGACCCUGAUUUGUUAACUUUGGGAAUGUGUGCCAUAUUGAGAGAGCAGCUUCUUUUCUUGGAAAAGUUCAAAUGAGAAGUCGUUUUAAUGUCCUGAGUAGCUACACUGCUUUGUGAACUAAUCAUUGACCUUAAGCAUGAGCCAUGCAGAUGCUUGAUGAGGAGACUACAGAGGGACACAUAUACAAUGCCACAGAACACAGCUUGUGGCACUUUUUCCUCAUGGAUCACUCUGACCAAGCACACUGAAGAAGUGUUUUGAGGGAGAGAGAGGACCUGUAUUAGAGAAAUAUUAUCUAUUGAAUACAUAAUAAAUGGAAGGUCAAAGCCCAAAGAGUUUUGCCUCUUUAAGAAUUUUAUUACCCUUCAUGAUGUUGAAGUUACAGUAGGCAUCUAAAAACAGUCCUUGUCGGAGUGGACCAGUGUAGUAGUGGCAUGACUACUCUUAUUUGACCACUUGUGCUGAACUAGAGAAAGAAGGAUGAAACUGUAUCUAUUUCAAGGGCGUCUCCAUAUGUAGAAACUAAGAACAUUCUACUCAGUGUAUUAUAAAUGUGUGUGUCUGUGUGUGUGCAUGCAUUUAGGCUUUGUGGAUAACUU